CUAGCACUGAGAGGAGCGCGGGGAGCCAGGGAGAGGGUGGUUCUACAUCGAUCUCGACUCCCUCCAUCGCUGUCCGACAGUUUCUCAAUCACAUCUAGAGGUCACCACUCUUCAUUGGCACUUGCUGGGGCAUACGACACCACAGACUCUCAGGCGGACGGUCGGUCAUCGCAAACUCCGGCUCAAUCACGACGAUGGCAGAGGCAGCUCUGUGAUUCCCUUCACGCAGUACAGCAUGAAGUUGGUGUCGUUGAACACGUUGACGGGUACGGAGAGGGGCCGGGGAAGCAUGGAGUCCGGGGGGUGGCGGAACCGGACACUGGGUCUCGUGCAAUCUGCUCGUUCGCUUCUUCCACGACGUACGAGGACGACCGAGGAGACGGUGAACUUCGCCAAGUGUUCCGAGGCUGAGCGAGAGAUGUCGGUGCUGGAAAACGGGACCGGUCACAACCUGGCGUCCCUGGGGAGGGGGUACAGCAGGGAGGGGGGAGAGGACGAAAUGGAGCAGGCGGACGAGGUGGAGAUGUCCUCACACCCCCGCAACAAGAUCUCAGAGUGGCAGGCGGGUUGGAACGUCACCAAUGCCAUUCAGGGCAUGUUCAUCGUGAGUUUCCCCUACGCUGUGCUGCAGGGUGGAUACUGGGCACUGGUUGCCAUGGUUGUGAUUGCAUAUAUCUGCUGCCAUACGGGAAAGAUCCUCGUCAACUGUUUGUAUGAAGAGGACGAACAGGGACGACGUGUGCGGGUACGAAACAGCUACGUGGACAUCGCCAAGCACGUGUGGGGUGCCCGUUAUGGCGCCCGUCUGGUCAACUGCGCCCAGAUUAUUGAACUGUUGAUGACCUGUAUCUUGUACGUCCUGUUAUGUGGAGAUCUGAUUGUCGGAAGCUUCCCGGAUAGUCCACUGGACCUCAGCUCGUGGAUCAUGGUCAGCACAGUGCCGCUACUCGCGUGUGCGUUCCUCCAGAGUCUCCGACGGGUGUCCUGGCUUAGCUUCUGGUGUUCCGUGGCUCAUAUGCUCAUCAACGCCAUGAUUCUGGUGUACUGUUUGACGCGGGUCCGCGAGUGGCGCUGGAGCGAUGUCCAGGUCAGGAUCGAUAUCUGGACCUUCCCCAUUUCUCUUGGCGUUGUGGUCUUUAGUUACACCUCUCAAAUAUUCCUCCCAACGCUUGAAGGCAACCUGACGGACAGAUCCAAGUUUAGCUGCAUGAUGCACUGGACCCACGUCGCAGCGGCCAUCUUUAAAGUAGUAUUUUCCUACGUCGGGUUUUUGACGUGGGGCUUUGCUACCAAGGAGGUCAUCACCAACAACUUGCCCACCCAGUCCUUCAAGAUCGUGGUUAAUCUCAUCCUCGUAGCGAAGGCGAUGUUGUCGUAUCCACUGCCGUACUUUGCAGCCGUCGAUCUUAUCCAGACAUCCAUGUUUCAAGGCAAGGCGACCACGCCCUUCUCACCGUGCAUCGACGACAACUUUCAGCUGAAGGUGUGGGCCCUUGGUCUCCGACUCGGCUUGGUCCUGGUGACGACAGUGCUCGCCAUCUUCAUCCCACAUUUCGCCCUCCUGAUGGGUCUGAUCGGGAGCUUCACUGGAACCAUGCUGUCCUUCGUAUGGCCCUGCUACUUUCAUCUGAAAAUAAAAUGGACGACUUUGUCGCGGGUUGACCGCGCGUUGGAUGUGACUAUUAUUAUUCUAGGUGUUCUUUGUGGAACUGUUGGCAUGUACUACUCUGCGCAUGCUCUGACACGCGCCUUUCAAGGACUUCCUCCAGAUCCUUUUGGAAAGAAACAUCUUUAACGCUAAAAUAGCUAGCAUGAUAUAGCCGUCAUUCGCAAUGGAUCUACUUUCAUCUGAAUCUAUUCUGAGGUGGAAACUACAUGAUUUUGCUUCUUGUGUAGGCUGAACGCUGUCACUAAGUGUAGACGUGGCCACAUAGACGUGUGGCCAGACAGUACCCACCUUUAUAUUCGUGCAAAGAAGGACUGUUCCAACCUUUGCGUUUGUUAGUAUUGAAAACCUAGUGCUGUGAAUAUUCUGUGGAUACAGACCCAGAGUUAGCUGCCCCUGUCAGUAGUGUUUAAUGAAACAGAUAUCCGCAAGAGGGCGACACCGACUGGUCUUGUCACGUUUACUGGCACCAUACUUUCGCAUUAUCUCACUUGCUGAUGAACUGCUUGGGCUGCUGCGUUUAUCACGGUUUAUUACCCUCGCGGGGACACACCGACGCUGACGUCCACGACGGCCCUGUUUUGUGAUUAUUCAUUGGAGUUGAUUAGUACAGUUAUUCCCGCAGAUCCGACCCUGUGGGACAGAAGCACCUUAGAUAUAGCCAAUAGACAAUCUCUACACCUCGUGCAAUGGGACAACACACACACGCAUUAACCCCUCACUAUCACCUCGUCACCUCCCUAGUACCAUCUGCAAUCCAUAGACAGGGGCGUAGCUACUAUUGGG